CAUGAAUUUUGGGAAGGUAUAGAGAGAGAGAAAGAGAAAGAGAAAGAGAGAGAGAGUGCUAGAGCGGGUUUACUUCUCUCACUUGGCGAUUUUCUGGCUUCGUCUUCUCUGAGAGAUUAACUAACGAAGCCCUAUUAUCAGCCAAAUAGGAAAGAAAUUGAACGUCAGUCUUGCACAGGCUGAUGGAAACUGGAGGCAAUUCUUUGCCUUCUGGAACAGAUGGAGUGAAGAGGAAAGUGUGCUAUUUCUAUGAUCCAGAAGUUGGAAAUUACUAUUAUGGUCAAGGUCAUCCUAUGAAGCCACAUAGAAUGCGUAUGACACAUGCUCUCCUUGCACAUUAUGGUCUCUUGCAAAAUAUGCAUGUUGUGAAACCUGCCCUGGCCAGAGAUAGGGAUCUUGGCAGGUUUCACGCAGACGAUUACGUAAACUUCUUAAGGACAGUAACCCCAGAAAAUCAGCAGGAUCAACUCAGGCAGUUGAAGAGGUUCAAUGUAGGUGAAGAUUGCCCUGUGUUUGACGGUCUUUAUUCUUUCUGUCAGACGUAUGCUGGGGGUUCAAUCGGUGGUGCUGUGAAAUUAAACCACGCAUACUGUGAUAUUGCCAUAAAUUGGUCUGGUGGUCUGCAUCAUGCAAAGAAAUGUGAGGCUUCUGGUUUCUGUUACGUGAAUGAUAUUGUCUUGGCGAUACUGGAGCUUCUUAAAGUGCACGAGCGCGUUCUAUACGUAGACAUCGAUAUUCAUCACGGAGAUGGUGUGGAAGAAGCUUUUUAUACCACAGACAGGGUGAUGACGGUUUCUUUCCACAAAUUUGGAGACUAUUUCCCUGGAACAGGUGAUAUACAUGAUGUUGGACAUAGUGGUGGGAAAUAUUACUCUCUCAAUGUUCCACUAGAUGAUGGUAUUGACGAUGAGAGUUACCAGUCAUUAUUUAAACCAAUCAUGGGCAAAGUCAUGGAAGUCUUCAGACCUGGUGCUGUUGUUCUACAGUGUGGCGCAGACUCUUUAUCUGGUGACCGAUUAGGCUGUUUUAAUCUCUCAAUUAAAGGCCAUGCUGAGUGUGUUCGAUACAUGAGAUCUUUUAAUGUGCCUCUAUUAUUGCUCGGAGGUGGUGGCUAUACGAUACGAAAUGUUGCCCGUUGCUGGUGCUAUGAGACAGCUGUGGCACUCGGUGUAGAUCUUGAUGACAAGAUGCCACAACAUGAGUACUACGAGUACUUUGGCCCAGACUAUACACUUCAUGUUGCUCCAAGUAAUAUGGAAAAUAAGAAUUCACGUCGGCAAUUAGAUGAGAUAAGAGAAACCCUUCUCCAAUACUUGUCUAGACUUCAACAUGCCCCUAGCGUGCAAUUUCAAGAGCGUGUCCCUGAUACUAUGUUCCUCGAGCCAGAUGAAUAUCAAGAAGCCGGAAGUGAAAGAGAUCAUGAUUCUGAUAUGGAAAUUGAUUAUAACGGCAAGCCAUCUGAAGGGAGAGUGAAGAGGGAGUUUGCCGGACCAGAAUCUAAAGAUACGGGUUUGAACCCGGGUUCUAGCGUGGCUACUGUCACUACUGUUGAACCGCGCAUAAAGCAAGAACUACAAGAUAAGGCAAAUAAAAUCUCUAAUGAUCAUGCUGAGAAUUGAGAUUGAAAUUGCAAGCUAAUUUCAGAAUUGACAUGUUUUAUUUAUUUUAAUUUUAGAUUGGGACGCUAGCAAUUCUUGACUAGUAUUCACACGUCCAUCCGUCAUAGGAAAGAUGAACGAACCGAACCCAUCGUUAAAGGAUUGUCGUUUUAUUUUGUAAAAAAUGUUCUGCUCGAAUAUACUAUCUAGGGCUAAUUCAGCAUUCACCAUUGUUGAAGGAUUGUGUUUACAUUUUUUCCCAAGCAAGGAUUUUAUUUAUUAUAGCA